UUCUUGACUAUCCAGUCGAAUUGUUUGCAUCACGAGAUUCUUUAUUUUCAUCAACCAAUCUAAUUAUGUUAUCAUCAAUAUUGUCACGAAUUGUGUUUUAUCCUACAUUGGCCUAUAACGGUUUUAUGACAAGAAUCUCCAACAGACAGUGGUACAACAGAAUAGAUGAUACAGUAAUCCUUGGUGCCUUACCCGUUAAAUGGAUUUCAAAACAGUUGAUUGUGGACGAGAAUAUUGGUGGUGUUAUAUCUUUAAAUCAAGAAUUUGAAUUGAAGAGGUUGGUGUAUACACUAGAGGAAUGGAAACAAUUAAACGUUACCCAGCUUAAGAUUCCAACAUUAGAUUAUAUUGGUGCACCAUCGACAGCUGAUUUAAAGAGAGGUGUAGACUUUAUUCUUAAGCACAAAAAAGACCAGAAAAGCGUGUACGUUCAUUGUAAGGCUGGAAGAACGAGGAGCACAACCGUGGUAGCCUGUUACUUGAUGACAGUGAAUAACCUGUCUCCAGAAGAAUCUCUGAAUUUUAUAAAGGAUAAACGACCCCAUGUUGUUCUCAGAGAGCCACAAUAUAAGGCCCUGGAAUCUUAUAAAGAAAUGCUUGAAAACUCAGUAAAAUGAAAUAUUUUACAGGUAGAUACCUGGUCGUCAAAAAUCAAUUUUCCACUGGAAUGAAAAAAGUUAAUAUAAGUGCAUGUUUUGAUUUGUGGAGAUACUAACCAUUGUUCAGCGUGCCCCUGUUCCGUUUAAAACUUUGAUCAAUGCUUCUACAGCGAUUAACUUUCAUCAUUGUCAUCUGUGUGUUACACCAUGAACUCAGAAUUGCGACUGUGUGGUACACCAUGAACUCAAAAUGGCGUCUGUGGACGUGACCAAUGUCAUUUAUAAGCAAAAGUUUGAAAGGCUAGCGAUAUCACCCAAGGUGGAAGCGGACGUAAAACCCUACAAACGAACGAACAAGGCUAGCGUAUGUUUCUUUCCGCUUAGACUUCUUUUUGUGGGGGGCAACGAUCGAUUAUAUUCGAAUUGGUCCCAUAAAUGUUACCAAAGGAAUAACAAAGGGUAUUGGUAUCGAUUAAGCCCAAUUUUCACUAACAUUAAUGGAGUAAGAUAUAAAUGGAUCGAGUGUAACUGCUAUACCAUACCGAGUAAAAUUUGGAUCGUUUUAACCACACUAUUACCACAUUGAGCUCUUGAUCGCCUAAUAUACGCGCGACAGUGCUGAUGGAAUCAUACCCAGUCCUCGUCAAGCGACAUAUCAGUCGAGCAUUUGAGCCGAGCUGCAUUGGACUGAAGCUAUGAGUAGAAAAAUACUAUUUUCAAAAAACUUUAAUGUACAACAUGAUUAAAUUUUUCAGAUUAGGAUGAAAAUAUUGCCUUGUAAUAACAAUUUAUUAAUGAA